AUCAAAGAGAGUGAGAGCGAGAGAGAGAGAGCAUGAGAAAAUGACACAAAACAAAGAGAGAAAGAGGGGCCAGCCAGAGUCAGACUGAGACAUAAAAAAGUUUCCGUUGUGCUGCAAAGAGAACCUGGGGUCUAUAUCUGAGACACCAUUUGUGUGUUGUAGAUGAAAUCAGAGAGAGUUACGCCACAUGGGGGGAGAGAUAGUGCCUGGGCAUGAGAGCGUAAAAUGUUGAGUAAGAAGGGGAGGAGAGAACAGGGGAGGAGAGGGGUUGAGAUUGUUUAGGAAGGGUGAGUGGUUAUUUGUCUGUCUUGUUCUGCCCUCCCUUGCUCUCUCUCUUUCAGGGUUUUCUCUUUACAAACUGAACGGGAAAGAGACUGUUUAAAAAAUAUUGGCUACUUCUGGAGAACUGACCAAAGAAAUUGAUGAUUUAUGAAUUGAGGACUUUAUGAAUGCAGGCUUGAAAAACCACCAUUUUUUGAAAGAUUGUUUGUAAACAGUUUUGAGAGAUUAUUUGUUUGCACUUUUCUGGACAAGACAUUUCACCUCCAUUCUUUCUAAACCACAGCAGUUGUCUCCAUUCCUGUUGGACUAUGGUAUAUUCUGGCUCUCUGCCCCUAUCUGGAUAACCUGAUUUCAUUGGAUUAUUCUUUGGAUACUGAGGAACACUGGUGAAGAUAUAUUGGAUAAAGUGUGCUCUUUUCAACUCAAGCUGUCAACCAUAAAGAUUCAAUGACAACAUUUACUAAGCCGUCCAUGCCAGACAUGACAGACAUCUAGACCACUCCCUCAUUCAACUGUCAUAGAUAGGGCUGCCAGACAGAAACCGUCAGGCUGCACUGAACAGAUCCCCCUCAGACUAACACACCACAACCAGGAAUCCCUCCUCAGGACAAUGGCCACGGGAGGGAAGGGGCUAGGAUCUGACCGGAGCCUGAAAUCCACCUCCCAGCCGCCCAGUGCCUCUGACCGGCGGCAGGUGGACAAGGCCCUGAAGAGGCUGGAGAAGCUGCAUCGACUAUGUACCAACCCCAGGCUUGGCCUGAGGAACAGCCCCCCGUACCUCCCCGAGGUGGUCUCAGAGACAGCCACGCUGCUCACCCAGGUGUGGGAGCCGUACAGGGGGCCUGCAGCUGGGGGGCAGGCCCCCCGGGGCGAUGAGGGGGAGUACCUGAGGAUCCAUGCAAGACACCUGCUGGAUAAGACUAACCGGGCCGUGCUGCUGUUUAAAGAGGGGCGCGAUAAGAUGUUCGAGGAGAUGUCCAGCUACAGGAGAAACUUGACCAAGCUGUCCCUGCUCUUCAGUCACAUGCUCUGGGAGCUGAGGGCCAUGUUUCCCGAGGGAAGCUUUCAAGGCCACACCUACAGGCUGACUAAGACAGAGGCCGGAGAGUUCUGGAGGCGAGCAUUUGGAAACAAGUGUAUUGUGCAGUGGAGCAGUUUUAAGCAGCAUCUCCGUAGGGACCAUGGCUUUGAAGAGGGGAUGGAGUCCAUGGCUCUAAAGUCAACUGUAGAUCUCACCUGUAACGACCACAUCUCAGUGUUUGAGUUUGACAUCUUCACCAGGCUAUUCCAGCCAUGGAGGUCUCUUCUGAGGAACUGGAACCAGUUGGCAGUGACCCACCCCGGCUACAUGGCCUUCCUCACCUACGACCAGGUCAAAGCCCGCCUCCAAAACUACCUGCACCGGCCCGGGAGCUAUAUCUUCCGUCUGAGCUGCACUCAGAUGGGCCAGUGGGCCAUUGGUCAUGUGACAGGUGAUGGCGGCAUCGUACAGACGAUCCCCCAGAAUACACCUCUCUACCAGGCCCUCAUCCAGGGCUUCAGGGAGGGCUGCUAUCUUUACCCUGACGGACGUGAUGUGAACCCAGACCUCACCAGUCUGUGUGAACCAGCACAGAGAAGCAGGGUCAAAGUCACAGAAGAUGAGUAUGAGAUGUACUGUGAGAUGGGUAGUACCUUCCAGCUGUGUAAGAUCUGUACAGAGAGAGACAAGGACACACGCAUCCAGCCCUGCGGACACCUGCUGUGCCAACCCUGCCUCACGGGAUGGCAGAAGUCGGAUGGACACACCUGCCCAUACUGUCGCUGUGACAUCAGAGGGACAGAGUCAAUCCUGGUGGAGCCUUACCUGUCUGUCAGCGAGGAAGAGGAAGAUGAAGAUGACCUGGAGGAUGUACAGCUAGUCAUGAAAAAACUGGCCUAUAUGAAGAGGAUGUCGUCUGAAGAGUACCAGUUCCCCAGCUCUCGCCUGGCUCCACCCCUCCCUCCCAAACACAGCACCUUCUCCCACUGCCCUUCCCCACAAGCCCCCUUACAGCCCUCCGAUAUACUGGCCAAAUACUCCCACUCUAACUCGCGUUCUGCUCACAGUGACACCCCCUCAGACAGAGCGCUCACACACCACACUGCCAGCACUAACAGAUGCCAGUGGGGGGAGGAGCUAGCUAGUAGUGGGGAGGAGAAUUCUGGGGGAUUCAGACAACCGCCCACACUCCCAAUCUCUCACAGGCCAUCCAUGCCUGUCCCCAAUGGGACUUUCUUCAAAAAUGAGGAUUCUGUCUCAGAGCCAAACCUCCCCUCCUGUUCCGUCUCCUCCCAGUCCCGUGGAGAGGUUGAAGUCGGAAGUUUACAUACACCUUAGCAAAAUACAAAAAUACGUUUUUCACAAUUCCUGACAUUUCAUCCUAGUAAAAAUUCCCUGUCUUAGGUCAGUUAGGAUCACCACUUUAUUUUAAGAAGGUGAAAUGUCAGAAUAAUAGUAUAGAGAAUGAUUUAUUUCAGCUUUUUUUUCUUUCAUCACAUUCCCAUUGGGUCAGAAGUUUACAUACACUCAAUUAGUAUUUGGUAGCAUUGCCUUUAAAUUGUUUAACUUGGGUCAAUUGUUUUGGGUAGCCUUCCACAAGCUCCCCACAAUAAGUUGGUUGAAUGUUGGCCCAUUCCUCCUGACAGAGCUGGUGUAACUGAGUAAGGUUGGUAGGCCUCCUUGCUCACCCAUGCUUUUUCAGUUCUGCCCACACAUUUUCUAUAGGAUUUAGGUCAGGGUUUUGUGAUGGCACUACAAUACCUUGACUUUGUUGUCCUUAAGCCAUUUUGCCAAAACUUUGGAAGUAUGCAUUGUCCAUUUGGAAGACCCAUUUGCGACCAAGCUUUAACUUCCUGACUGAUGCCUUGAGAUGUCGCUUCAAUAUAUCCACAUAAUUUUCCAUGCUCAUGGUGCCAUCUAUUUUGUGAAGUGCACUAGUCCCUCCUGCAGCAAAGCACCCCCACAACAUGAUGCUGCCACUCCUGUGCUUCACGUUUGGGAUGGUGUUCUUCGGCUUGCAAGCCUCCCCUUUUAUCCUUCGAACAUAAUGAUUGUCAUUAUGGUCAAACAGUUCUAUUUUUGUUUCAUCAGACCAGAGGACAUUUCUCCAAAAAGUACAAACUUUGUCCCCAUGUGCAGUUGCAAACCGUAGUCUGGAUUUUAAGGUUAUGUUGAUAUUGGACUCGUUUUACUGUGGAUAUCGAUACUUUUGUACCUAUUUCCUCCAGCAUCUUCACAAGGUCCUUUGCUGUUGUUCUGGGAUUGAUUUGCACUUUUCGCACCAAAGUACAUUAAUCUCUAGGAGACAGAACACUUCUCCUUCCUGAGCGGUAUGACGGCUGCGUCGUACCAUGGUGUUUAUACUUGCGUACUAUUGUUUGUACAGAUGAAAGUGGUACCUUCAGGCGUUUGGAAAUUGCUCCCAAGGAUGAACCAGACUUGUGGAGGUCAACAAUUAUUUUUCUGAGGUCUUGGCUGAUUUCUUUUGAUUUUCUAAUGAUGACAAGCAAAGAGGCUCUGAGUUUGAAGGUAGGCCUUGAAAUACAUCCACAGGUACACCUCCUAUUGACUCAAAUCAUGUCAAUUAACCUAUCAGAAGCUUCUAAAGCCAUGACAUAAUUUUCUGGAAUUUUCCAAGCUGUUUAAAGGCACAGUCAACUUAGUGUAUGUAAACUUCUGACCCACUGGAAUUUAGAUACCAUGAAUUAUAAUUGAAAUAAUCUGUCUGUAAACAAUUGUUGGAAAAAUUACUUGUGUCAUGCACAAAGUAGAUGUCCUAACCGACUUGCCAAAACUAUAGUUUGUUAACAAGAAAUUUGUGGAGUGGUUGAAAAACGAGUUUUAAUAACUCCAACCUAAGUGUAUGUUAACUUCCGACUUCAACUGUACAUAUUCCUAUCUAACAUUUAUCUUAAAGGUGGAGCAGCCUGGUUAGGGGCCUCAGAUUCAGUGAAACAGAAGAAGAGACAUAAAGAAAGGAGUGAACGGACGUCAGAGCUCGGGUACAGCCAGAGAGAGCGGGAGAGAACCAUGUCCUCCUGACUCUGGGAGAAAAGAUAAGCACAACAUCUCUGACUGACUCAAGAAUGGAUGGAUAAUAGGAAUAAGAAAGGUCCAUUUCCACUGUUCCUGAAAAACAGACAUUGUUAAUCUUAUGUACCUUAUGUAUCUUAUGUAUGCCUUAAUAUGGAGGGAGAAUGCCCUGUUGAUCUACUAAUAAUAACGUCAAAGUGAAUGGAGAAGGACAGACUGAUGGAACAACUCACGGAUGCCCUCUGCUGCACAGCAAACAGAGUUAGCUGCUGCACAGUUCCAAUAACUGGUCCCAUUCUUUCAUUGCUUGAUGUGUGUAUGUAGGGCAUUGACAAUAUGCUACCUCAUAAUUUACCCCAUACUUAAAACAUAUUGCAAACCUCGGCUUUAAUUCAUGACUGCAAAUUGGGGCAGAGUCCCUCAGAACCUUGUCCGGGAUGUAUGACUAGUACGGUAUAUAGCCUACAUACUAUAGUUGUAUGUUAAUAUGAUCAAACAUGAAACCCAAAUAAAUAUUUUGCACCUCC